AUGGCGUCCCCGGUGCCGGCGGCAUCCAUUCCUCGCUUCCUCCUCCCCCAGUCCGGCAUGCUCUGGCGCCGCGCCCGCGCCCCUCGGUCCGCGGACCGCUUGACCAUCCGCUAUGCCUCCUCCUCCUCCUCCUCCUCCUCCUCCUCCUCCUCCUCCUCCGGCACGGGCAAGGGCUCCUCGAAGCCGCUCGUGCUCGAGAAGCCCGCCAAGUUCAACCCGCCCUCCCACGGCGCGCGCCUGCCCAAGCGGGGCGCGCCCCGGCACUACGGAGGCGAGCUCUCGGCCACGGAGGCGCAGGCGCAGAAGACGAGGGACUACCCGGGCAUGAUGGCGCCCGAGGGCACCACGGAGCACUGGUUCUGGCACAGCCGAGCUCUCCACCUCUUCAUCACGAUGAGCUGCUUGACGGGCCUGGCAACCUUCACCUUUGUCGAGAACUUCAAGCGCACCUCGCCCUUCGCGGACAUGCUCCCCAGCGGAUCCGACCUGGUGUCCCACCCCUUCAGCUCCAUCCGCACCGCCGUCGAGGUCGUCCGCCUGAGCGAGGCCCAGCGCUCCGCCGAGGUGGCCGAGAAGCGCAAGCGCCGCGUCGACGACGUCGUCAAGCGCAGCGAGUACCGCAAGGCUCACGGCCUGGACAAGAACCAGGGCUUCGGCGGGUGGACCGCCAAGACGGACGCCGAGUCCAUGGGCCCGGCGGUCCCCGUGCACGACGGCUCCUCCGCAGAGGGACACGAGGAAGGCAAGAGGAAGAAGUUCUUGGGUAUCUUCUAA